UUCUAUGUGUGUGCUACGUUCUGUCUUGAUCUUCGUAUGAUUUGGAUCUUAGACUUGGUUAAAAUUAGAUCCAAACACAAAUGCCUUCUCUUCUUCUGCGGAAUACACAAAUACCAAAAGUGAAGUACACUCGUUAAUCAUUAUGUGUAAACGACACUGGGCUUUCUUCCUUUAUGGGUCAACUGAGAGUGGCCCUAUCUAUUGUUGAAGAAAAGAAAGAGGCCUUUUUCCCAUUUUCUUUUUAUUAUCAAAACUUUUAGAAUCGAGGUCUCACUCUCAUUUAGAGUUGAGGGUUGCAAAGGGGGGCGUAUAUUUCUCGUUCACAUCUGAAGCUGUCUGAUGGAUCACAUUCAGAGGACGAGUGUCUCGAGUUGCCUAAGAGCCUUUUCAUGUGCAAAACACUGUUUGUUUUGAAACUGCAGUCAACUUUUGUCAUCAAUACUCCUACUUCAUGGUGUUUGUCAUGUCUCAAGGUUCUGAUCAUUACAGUUUAUCAUCCUGAUAAUGACCCGAUGGAAAAGCUUUUGCCUGGCUGCUCUGCACUUGAAGAUUUGGCUAUAUCUGGAACUGUGGGAGAAGGCUAUUUGAAUUUCAACGUCUCUGCGCUUGAACUUAAGAAGUUAAGAAUCAAUCUUGACACUGUAGAAGAUUAUAGUUUGGCUGAUUAUAAUGAUCUCAACAUUUUUGUUAGAGCUCCAAAGCUCGAAUACUUUGGUCUCAAGCAGACCGCUUUGUCUAAUUGUGUUUUGGAGAAUUCGAAGUCUUUAGUCAAAGCCACUAUUGAUCUCAAUUACCACACAGCAACUGAACAUUCUGGCUUUGCUGGCCGUGCGACUGCACUUUUGGCACAAAUUUGCAAUGUCAAAUCUUUGUCCCUUUCAGCACAUGGUUUGGAUGAGAAUUGUGAUCUGCCUGUUUUUGGUAAUUUGAACCAAUUGAGACUGGUUCUUCAUCGUUGCUGUUCUUGGUGGGCAGAGUUGCUGAAGAGAUCACCUAAUCUAGAAUCUCUUGUCUUAGAACACGACGUCUACAAUUGUGAUGGAAUAGCGGAAUAUGGUUUUGAAAAGAUGGAGCUACUUUGGCAUCCUCCUGAGUUGGUGCCAAAUUGUUUGUUGUCACACGUCAAGACUAUCUGUAUCAAAAGAUUCCUGGGAAGGGACGAUGACUUUGAAGUGGCAAAAUAUUUGUUAAAGAAUGGUAAAGUUUUGAAUAGCAUGAAAAUUUACACAGGUGACUUUUUUGUGUGUACAAAGGAGGAUAUGUUGGAGAAACUUUUAAUGUUUGAAAGGGGUUCUAAGACAUGUCAAGUUGAAAUUGCCUGAGAGUCCUUUCUUGUAAAAGCUUUUACAAGGUUGUUGUCUUGGAAGUUGAGUUCUAGUUUUUGGAAUGAUAUAAGUCGUAAAAUUACCUCAGUUGAUCUUCAGCUGGAUCUCUAUUUGCUACUCUCUUUCCUCGUGGAUAGUUUGAGUAUCUUGAAUGCACUGUAUUUCUGUAUUCUGAAGAGAAUACAUUAUGGGUAGCCUGUUGACAGUUUCAUACUUUCUAAACUUUGAUUGGUGGAUUUACUCUGAACAAAAUCCCAACAAAGACAGAUUAUCUCGUGGAUUUUCUUCUGUUUUCUAAAAUUUUUCCGGUAAUGAUCACAUUUCGAGUCCUGUUAUAAAUAAUGUUAGUUGUAAUUCAACUUUUGUUAUGAGUUAAGUCGUAGCUGUUAUGUAAUCCUCAUUUCUUUCACUCUCCGAUCUAAAUUUUAAGUCAGAUCGGCCUUCUUCGG